AUGCCGACUCCUCCUCUAUCAUUUGUGGUAAACACAAACCCUGAGCGGGUGGCAGAAUCACAGACGGCAUUGAUCAUAGGAGUCAUCGCCGCGGUGAACCUGCUGGCACUGGUUGUCGUCGCCGCAAGGACGUAUACCCGCCUGGCUAUCUCCAAGUCCCCCGGCGCGCAAGAUGUGCUCAUGGUCCUAAGUGCUUGCACAGGACUUGUAGGCACAAUCAUCCUCUUCAUGCAGAUACCAUACGGUCUGGGUAAGCACGCCGAUACGAUCGAGCGACCCGAUUAUGCCACCUUCGGCAAAUACAGUUUCAUCCACACGGUAGUCUCCCUUCUCGGAGGCAUCGGCCUUCUCAAGAUCGCAAUCGCCCUCGAACUUAUCAAGUAUAAUGGCAAUUCAUGGCGGUGGUACAAUAUUACUCUGUGGUGUCUGAUUGCUUUUGUGAUCGCAUAUACGUUUGAGGCAUGGAUGUCAUUCAUUCUCUUCUGCAAACCCGUCGCAAAGCAAUGGGAUGGGUCGCUCGAAGGGUCUUGCUACCCUGUGUCGAUGUUCGUUGCAUUCGGUCUCGCCAAUUCUGCCUUCAAUAUUUUUACUGACGUCGCAUUCGCUACCUUGCCGAUACCGAUUGUCUGGUCCUUGAAGAUGCCGCUCAAGACGCGCAUCUAUCUCGUCGUUGUAUUGAGCCUGGGAUAUGUUGCCGCCGUAAUGGGUUUAGUAAAGGCUGUUUCACAGAUCAAGUAUGAUCCUGCGGGUGAUACCACGUACCUUUACGAUGUUCAAUUCUGGGGCCUUCUCCAGCUUAACGUUGGUACCAUCGCCGCUUGCGUACCCUCUCUUAGGCCGUUGGUGAAGAAUAUUCUGCGACUGAAGUCGUUGACUCCCGUGUAUGGCUACACAAACUCCGGACAGCGCCAACGCAGCAUGCCUCUUUCUACAAUCGGCGUGGGCGGUGCUAAAUCUACUUCAAGACGGGGACAGCCAGCAUUUGAGCCGAAUGAUCCGCAUGAUCGAAAGAACGGCCUAAGCAGCAAUGCGGGUUACGGCGAUACGGUUUUCGAGCUCAAGAACAGCAGCCAGGUCGCAAUUCUGGACACAGACAGCACAGAAAGAAGAUAA